AUGAUUGGCGCUUAUAGAACAAAGGCCCUCGCGGCGCCUUUGAUAUCUAGCAUCACGAUAAUUGCACUUCUUGCUCCAGUUACGCAAGCCCACGAACACGAUACAGGUCAAAUUCCCGAAGGCGAAACUAUUUCCCUAGAGCCACUGGAUACGAUAUUAUGGAUUCACAUAUUAAUCCAAAUGCUGGCUUACGGCGUUAUCUUCCCAGUUGGUAUGGUUUUGGGUAUGACCAAGAAUCGAUGGCAUGUCCCAACCCAAGCUGUAGGCACGAUCCUCGCUAUUCUUGGCUUUUUCCUCGGCCACGCGCAUAAGGGCCGCCAGUUCAUCCCCAACCAUGUUCAUGGAAAGUUCGCACACAUUCUUCAGCUUACCCUCGCUGCGCAAGUCAUUCUUGGGUUGUACCUCAAGGGUCAUUGGGAGAAGGGUAUCAAUGGCAAGAUCAGAAAGUUAAUUCGUCCAUUCCAUUCCAUUAUUGGAAAGCUGAUGCCAAUAAUGGCCUGGACACAAAUGAUCUUUGGUGGUAUUACUGCCCUCGGCUUUUGUCAAGGAGAUCACACCGGCCAAUGCGCCGCUCAUUUCAUCAUGGGGGGCGCAUUCAUCGCUUACGGUAUUCUUCUCACAAUCCUCUUGGUUGUUGGUCAGCUUUGGAUUCGCCGAAACGGCCGGUCUCAAGAGUUUUACGAUAGCGCAACAAUUGCCGCAUGGGGUUGUAUCAACACCUUUACCGAGCACCGCUGGGGCACCGACUGGGUCAAGAAUGACUGGCAGCAUACCACAAUGGGUGUUAUAUGGUGGUCGGCUGGUCUGGUAGGUAUCUGGCUCAGCAAGGACCGCGAUGGAAACCCAAAGCGCAACUUUAUUCCCGCUUUUGUCAUCUUUAUUACUGGAUGGGGUAUGUCUGCUCAUCCCCAGGAGCUCAUGGUUAGUGCUGCCACGCACACCAUGUUCGGAUACACUCUUAUGGGAGUCGGUAUCACUCGAGUUAUCGAAAUUGCUUUUGUCCUGAGAGAUGCGCACUCCAUCUCAGAAGACGGCCGAUCAGCCAAUAGCUUCCAGUUUAUUCCCUGUUUCCUCAUGUAUGCCGCCGGCUUCCUUUUCAUGGGCGCUACAGAAGAGCAGAUGAAGCUCGUUGCCGGUUCCUCUAUGGAUCACAUUUCGUACAUCCUCAUCACCUACUCGCUUGCGUCUCUGAUGUUUUUGUUCGUCAACAUUCUCAUUGGCCUCUGGGAUCGUCUUGCCCACCCCGUCUUAGACACAAAGGAGCUCGGUGCCAACCACUACGCCAAUGGUUUAACAGUUGAGAACGGCCAAUUACGAGAUGCCCAGGAGUUUGAAUUGCAUGGAUUAAUGAGCGAUGAUGAUGAUGAUCCCAGUCGACAAAUGCUCAACCCUGGCAAUGCGUGA